GAGGGGAGGCCGGAUGUGAGUGGAGCGGCCAUUUCCUGUUUCUCUGCAGUUUUCCUCUGCUUUGGGUGGUGGCUGCUGCUGUGCUUCGCCUUCCAGUCCUCUGAGGGCCAGACGGCGUGGACAGCGUUCCCGGCACUCCGCCCGCAGCCUCACACCCGCUCGCCCUGCGCUUCCCGAGCCCGCCGCUUCCCGCCUCAGUGACCGGCCGCCGCCGCCGCGGCCCACGGAGCGGCCCAGAUGCAGGCCAUCAAGUGUGUGGUGGUGGGAGACGGAGCUGUUGGUAAAACCUGCCUGCUGAUCAGUUAUACAACCAAUGCAUUUCCUGGAGAGUACAUCCCCACCGUCUUUGACAACUAUUCUGCCAAUGUUAUGGUAGAUGGAAAGCCAGUGAAUCUGGGCUUAUGGGAUACAGCUGGACAAGAAGAUUAUGACAGAUUGCGUCCCCUCUCCUAUCCGCAAACAGUUGGAGACACAAGUGGUAAAGAUAGAACCUCCAGGGGCAGAGACAAGCCGAUUGCCGAUGUGUUCUUAAUUUGCUUUUCCCUUGUGAGCCCUGCAUCAUUUGAAAAUGUCCGAGCAAAGUGGUAUCCUGAAGUGCGACACCACUGUCCCAACACUCCCAUCAUCCUAGUGGGGACGAAGCUUGAUCUCAGGGAUGAUAAGGAUACAAUUGAGAAGCUGAAGGAGAAGAAACUGACUCCCAUCACCUACCCGCAGGGGCUAGCCAUGGCAAAAGAGAUCGGCGCUGUCAAAUACCUGGAGUGCUCAGCGCUCACACAGCGAGGCCUCAAGACAGUGUUUGAUGAAGCUAUCCGAGCGGUUCUCUGUCCACCUCCUGUUAAGAAGAGGAAGAGAAAAUGCCUGUUGUUGUAAAUGUCUGAGCCCCUCAUUCUUGGUCCUGUCCCUGGAACCUUUGUACGCUUUGCUCAAAAAAACAAAACAAAACAAAAAAAACGGUGGAGCCUUCGCAUUUGAUGCCAAGUUUUUGUUACAGAUUAAUUUUUCCAUAAAACCAUUUUGAACCAAUGAACCAGUCAAUAAUUUUAAGGUUCUGUUUUAGAUGUAAGAAUUCCAACUUAUGGUCUAUUAAAAUUCAGCCCUAAAUGACAAGCCUUCUUAAAGCCUUAUUUUUCAAAUCCCCUAUUCUUGCUCAGAUUAAGAAUUGCCAAAAUACCUUCUGAACUAAGUUGCGUUGUGCUGAGAACACUACGCACUAAACUGUUGAGACUUUUGUUUUUAAGAAGACUGCAGCUUCUGGAAUUGGGGUACAGACCCUUCCCUAGUUUCCAGACCGUGUGACGCAGCAGCACAGCCUCCUUAACGACACGUUGCCAUGUAACGCACCUGUAACUUAUCAGCCCAUGUUCAUGACAUAACUUUGUACUGUAUGUCUCAGUGAGUGAGUUUUAACAGCUCAGCCUUUGAUUUCAUAGUGAGCUUUCUGAAACCCCAGUUGACUAGCUUUUGCAGACUUUGAACAGAACUCUGGUUCCCGUGUUGCCUCUAAUGAAGUAUUCUGUUCCUAGUCGUGGGUGUGCUGGGUGGAGUGUGUGAAACACGACAUGAUCAAAGGAUAAAGACAGUAUUUUGACUAAUAUGAAGUAGAGAUUACUUUACACUACAUUGUACAUGGAGUAAUUCAACUGAAUAAAAGUGUCACGGGUAAAGAUUUUUAACGGUUAAUUUCUGUCAGACACAGUAGAUGACAAAUGGCCGGUCUUAUCAGUGUCUCUCCAUCUUUUCCUUUCCCCUACACUGCCGUCCCUCCCCAGAUAGGGUGUUGAAUCCAUAUUUAAACUGGCCACCCCCUCAUGGUUGCUAACUUAGCAAGUGCUUUUCUUUAGGACCACCUUCUUAACGAGCAAUAUGUCUGACCUGUACUAUAAGAUCUUUCUGAUAAUGCAUUUGACGUUUUUUUCUUUUUUCUUUUCUUUAGGUAGAUUAGUAGAAGUGCAUUCCUGUUUUCACCUUUAUUCAAGCUAAUAAGUGCUUUCCUUAGUUUUCUAGUAACUAGGUGUAAAAAUCAUGUGUUGCAGCUUUACAGUUUUUAAACUAUUUUAGAUAAUUCUUAAACUAUGAACCUUCUAAACAUCACUGUCUUGCCAGAAUACCAACACUGUCAUGUGACUAAUGCUGCCCUCUAGACCUCACCCAUGUGGACACACUUCCUGUGGUAGCUCUGCCUAGAGAUGUUCCUUUGGGUCUGUGAGGUUCUGUCAACUGCUAGUGCUAACGCUGUUCUGUACAACCUAACUCACUGGCAAGAACACAGUGUUGGGCCUUCCAACCACUAGAACAAACUUUUUUCAAUUGACAGUUGCAGAAUUGUGGAGUGUUUUUACAUUGAUCUUUUGCUAAUGCGGUUAGCAGUAUGUUUUGCAUGUAUGACUUAAUAAAUCCUUGAAUCAUA